AAUGGCGGACGAAGUGAAGUGUGUUCUAAAGUUAAUCUGAAUUUAAUAUCAUUUAUUCCAGUCCAAAACCUUAAAAUAACGAAAAAAUCAGAAAAUCCAUUUCCAGAAUCAUUAUGAAACGAGCCGUAGAAGAAGUUUCGACGACUGUCGUUGAGGAACAGCUCGAGUUUGGCGCUCAACCCCAACAACAACCUUUGCUUAAACUCAAGCGUCCAAAACAGUUGAUCUCCUCAGCAAGAAGACUCCUGAAUGAACUUGACAAUUUUACUUCCACUCAGGAUAUCCUUCGUCCUUUACUUGAACUGGAAAGGUCGUUACCUCUGGAUAAUUUAGAGGAUAAUGAAGCGGCAAUACGGAGUCUUUGGGAACGUGUUUUUGAAUGCAAAGACGUAGUUGUCAAAGCAAAACUGAUUUCCUUGAUAGGUGACCUAGCUAGGUAUCCCGGUGCAAAUGCUCUGGCUGUUGUAGAUGAAAUGAUGAGGCUUCUUAGUACAGAAGAGUCCCACAAAGUAAAUGCUCAAAUAAUCCAUUCCUUGACGUCACUUGGAAAGCUAUAUUCACAUGAUAAUAAGCUGAUACAGAUGCUAGUGAGCAUAGCUGUAGAGCACCUCAAAGAUUCCCAUCAUGCAGUUCGUAGAGAGUGCCUUAAGCUCAUUGGUCAUCUGGGUUCAACUGAAAGUCCCAUGACAGAAAGUAAUGAACAAAGUACAGUCAGCAUUCAAGGUCUCAUUAUGAGUUUUUCUUCUGACAGUGAUCCUAGAGUCCGAACAAGUGCACUUGAAGCUUUGCUCACUCUCCAUGAACGAGGUCAAGCGCUGGAUGUUGCUUUGUAUGACAAGGUAUCAAAGACCUUGGAGGAUGACUAUGAAGAUGUCCGUAUGGCUGCUAUCAAACUUAUCUGGGUGUUCAGCCAUAUCUGUCCUGAAAGGAUAGUGCAGCUACCCACUUCAGACGAUGCACGCCUAGUCGAUGACGCAUUCAUCAAAAUCUGCAACAUGGUCAAUGACUUGGCUAUGAGAGUACGUGCAGAGGCAGUUGGUCUGUUGGGAUCCCUGCAUCACGUCAGUCCGAAGUUCCUGGAGCAAACUUUAGACAAGAAAGUUAUGUCUCAUCUCAAGAGGAGAAAGACGGACCACGAGAAGAAAAAGGAGCGAUUCGCAGCUGGGGAGUCUUCUGUUGGUUCAUGGUCAACAGGGAGGAACUGGGGCGAUGGUAACAAGCAGGAGGAGUUGGCACCUGAUGAGGUAAGCCUAAUGAGCAGCGGCGCAUGUGGGGCGUUUGUUCACGGACUUGAAGACGAGUACUUGGAAGUGCGCAUGCCCGCUGUGGAUUCAUUGUGUGAAUUGGCCAAUCAGAAUCGUUCAUUUGCUACCCUCUGUCUGGAUUUCCUGGUCGAUAUGUUUAACGAUGAGAUCGAGAGUGUUCGUCUGAAUGCUAUUAACAGUCUUCGUAAAGUUUGUCAUCACAUACAACUGCGAGAAGACCAGUUAGAAGUAAUACUUGGUGUACUGGAGGACUUUUCGUGGGAGAUUCGCGAGGCGGUACGUGAGUUACUCUCUCACUGUCACCUUUCCACUCGUGCCUGUCUCCACGCGGCCAUUCAUGCUCUUCUUGGUAACCUGGCCAAGUAUCCUCAGGACAGAGCGUCGAUAUGGAGGUGCGCAAAACACUUGGGAAGUAAGCACAAGCACCUGGCUUCCUCACUAGUACCCGAACUUCUUUCCACUCAUCCGUUUUUCGCCACCUCCGAGCCCUCAGUCGAUGAUCCAGCGUACGUUGCUAUAGUGAUACUCGUGUUUAACGCGACGGUUGAUUCACCUACGAUGAUCCCAAUGUUUCCAAAUCACACCCGACGACACUACUCGUAUCUCCGAGACAGUCACCCAGACCUUGUGCCACACCUAGCGAUCGAGGCACAGUCUAUGGAAGCACAGGGGGUCCCUGCUCCUCAAGGACCAGGGUCAUCUGGGGUCUCUUUUAUGGAAGGUAUUUUACGGCGCAUCCAAUCAGUUUCUUCUAUGGACCCUGUUAAUGCUCAAAGAUUUUUGUCAUCUAUCAUAAAGGAUCUUAAUCACACCAAAGGAAUCGACGAUCAAUACGUCGCCAGCUCACGUUGCAUGGCGCUUUACCUGGAAUGUCAACUUGUCGUCCUCCAGGCACAGAAUGACAAGAUCUGGAAUAUUCCUGGUCCACUGUGUGCAACACGAGGAACUGGGCUGAAAUCUCAGGUCCAAAAGCUCCUCAUGACUUCAUAUAAUAUAGAGCACGUUUUUCAUGGUCUAAACGCAUCUCAAGUGCUGCUGUUGCACGAAAUUCGUAUCAUUGCUCACUCGCUCCAGAUCCUCGCAACCCAGAGAUGCGACACAGGUACUGAAAAGAGCCUGGGGUCUACUUUAUUGGUCUGGCAGUCCUUUCUCGCUCGUAUUAGGCACUAUUCGGCCCUAGUGGGCACAAGUGGGACCAAAUUAGAUGAGUUCGGCCAGGCCCUACUUUCCUUCCAAGAAUUCUUUGAAGCAAAUAUCACUAAACCUUCUUGUAUUGCGGACUAUCUUCAGUCGUUCAUUUUAACGCGCAGAGUUAAGUGUCUCGAGUUGACAAGCCAUCUCCAACAGGCAUCAGCCAUCUUGACGGAGCCUCAGGGAGGAUCCGAAAAUCCUAUCUGCUUUAGUGCUGGGCUGACGUUUGGCAUUAAUAUUGACGCCAGGUUGGAGAAUAUUGCACAUCCAACGUGUGUGCGUGUUCAGGUCGUCUUCCCAGACAUGCGCCGUCAGCUUUUCACUCCAAAAUACGAAGAUCUUCAUCGUUUGAGUAACUUACGUCAUAGGCUGGUCACCACAGUGGUUCUCUCUCACAGCGCAUGGACAGAGGCUGGCUUCAUCGAGGUUUCGCUCGUCACCAAAUACCAACCAGACGUGGACGAAGAAAAUGUUGUAAGUUUAGGCGUAAUAAACACUGACAGUGAAUCAAAGACUUUACGCCAGAUCAAGAAUUCUACAGAUAACCUUGAAGAGAGUGUCGUAGGACUGUGCCCCCCUGUACGGAUCUGUGUCCUACCUAAACCAGCUAUGAAAUAGUACACCCGAAUCAAAGACUUUACACCAGUUCAAUAAUCCUACAGAUAAUCUUGAAGAGAGUGUCGUAGGACUGUGCCCCCCCUGUCGGAUCUGUGAGCUACCAAUAAAAUAGUUAUAAAAUAGUACACCCGAAUGGUACCACGGGGUGGCUGGAAUUACUUGUAUAAAUUGUAAAUAGCGAUAAUAAAAUAUCUUAAACUGA